AUGCUGGUUGUUAUGGUGAUCUUCAACCAGGAAGGGGCCAACUUGAACACCUUCAACCCGCCAAUGGCCCCCAACCCUUUGCUCCGCUAUGACGUGGUUAGUGUGAAGAAUUGUAUUCCGAAGAUUUUAAAAAGUAAGGCUCACAUUUUGGAAAGAAAAUGAUAGUAUUUUCAGCUUGUUAUAGUUCACAUAUAGAAUAAAAUGUAAUACGAUUUGAAGAAACAAAUUUAAUCCAAUCAAUUAUCAAAUGAAAACUAGUAGAAACUAAAAUCUUUUGUUUCAGUCAUGCUGGUUGUAAUGGUGAUCUUCAACCAGGGAAGGGGCCAACUUGAACAGCUUCAACGCGCAGAUGGCCCCCCCAACCCUUUGCUCCGCUAUGACGUGGUUAGUGUGAAGAAUUAUAUUCCGAAGAUUUUUAAAAAGUACGGCUCACAGUUUUGGAAAAGAAAAUGAUAGUAUUUUUCAGCGUGUCAUAGUUCACAUAUAGAAUAAAAUGUAAUACGAUUUGAAGAAACAAAUUUAAUCCAAUAAAUUAUCAAAUGAAAAACUAGUAGAAAACUAAAAAUCUUUUUGUUUCAGUCAUGCUGGUUGUAAAUGGUGAUCUUCAACCAGGGAGAGGCCAACUUGAACACCUUCAACCCGCAGAUGGCCCCCAACCCUUUGCUCCGCUAUGACGUGGUUAGUGUGAAGAAUUAUAUUCCGAAGAUUUUUAAAAGUACGGCUUACAUUUUGGAAAGAAAGUGAUAGUAUUUUUAGCGUGUCAUAGUCCACAUAUAGAAUAAAAUGGAAUACGAUUCGAAGAAACAAAUUUAAUCCAAUAAAUCAUCAAAUGAAAACUAGUAGAAACUAAAAUCUUUUGUUUCAGUGAUGCUGGUUGAAAUGGUGAUCUUCAACCAGGAAGAGGCCAACUUGAACACCUUCAACCCGCAGAUGGCCCCCAACCCUUUGCUCCGCUAUGACGUGGUUAGUGUUAAGAAUUAUAUUCCGAAGAUUUUUAAAAGUACGGCUCACAGUUUGGAAAGAAAAUGAUAGUAUUUUCAGCGUGUCAUAGUUCACAUAUAGAAUAAAAUGUAAUACGAUUUGAAGAAACAAAUCUAAUCCAAUAAAUUAUCAAAUGAAAACUAGUAGAAACUAAAAUCUUUUGUUUCAGUCAUGCUGGUUGUAAUGGUGAUCUUCAACCAGGGAGGGGCCAACUUGAACAGCUUCAACCCGCAGAUGGCCCCCAACCCUUUGCUCCGCUAUGACGUGGUUAGUGUUAAGAAUUAUAUUCCGAAGAUUUUUAAAAGUACGGCUCACAUUUUGGAAAGAAAAUGAUAGUAUUUUUCAGCGUGUCAUAGUUCACAUAUAGAAUAAAAUGUAAUACGAUUUGAAGAAACAAAUCUAAUCCAAUAAAUCAUCAAAUGAAAAACUAGUAGAAACUAAAAAUCUUUUGUUUCAGUCAUGCUGGUUGAAAUGGUGAUCUUCAACCAGGGAGGGGCCAACUUGAACAGCUUCAACCCGCAGAUGGCCCCCAACCCUUUGCUCCGCUAUGACGUGGUUAGUGUUAAGAAUUAUAUUCCGAAGAUUUUUAAAAGUACGGCUCACAGUUUGGAAAGAAAAUGAUAGUAUUUUCAGCGUGUCAUAGUUCACAUAUAGAAUAAAAUGUAAUACGAUUUGAAGAAACAAAUCUAAUCCAAUAAAUCAUCAAAUGAAAACUAGUAGAAACUAAAAUCUUCUGUUUCAGUCAUGCUGGUUGAAAUGGUGAUCUUCAACCAGGAAGGGGCCAACUUGAACAGCUUCAACGCGCAGAUGGCCCCCAACCCUUUGCUCCGCUAUGACGUGGUUGGUGUUAAGAAUUAUAUUCCGAAGACUUUUAAAAGUACGGCUCACAGUUUGGAAAGAAAAUGAUAGUAUUUUCAGCGUGUCAUAGUUCACAUAUAGAAUAAAAUGUAAUACGAUUUGAAGAAACAAAUCUAAUCCAAUAAAUCAUCAAAUGAAAAACUAGUAGAAACUAAAAAUCUUUCUGUUUCAGUCAUGCUGGUUGUAAAUGGUGAUCUUCAACCAGGGAAGGGGCCAACUUGAACAGCUUCAACGCGCAGAUGGCCCCCAACCCUUUGCUCCGCUAUGACGUGGUUAGUGUGAAGAUUUAUAUUCCGAAGAUUUUUAAAAGUACGGCUCACAGUUUGGAAAGAAAAUGAUAGUAUUUUCAGCGUGUCAUAGUUCACAUAUAGAAUAAAAUGUAAUACGAUUUGAAGAAACAAAUCUAAUCCAAUAAAUCAUCAAAUGAAAACUAGUAGAAACUAAAAUCUUCUGUUUCAGUCAUGCUGGUUGAUAUGGUGAUCUUCAACCAGGAAGGGGCCAACUUGAACAGCUUCAACGCGCAGAUGGCCCCCAACCCUUUGCUCCGCUAUGACGUG